CUCGUACAAGCAACAGCCCCUGCGCCAUACACGAACCUGAGCUCUGAGCUCCUGCCUUGUGACAGAGUGUGUGAUUAGUAACGAGCAACAUUAACGGCUAUCAAAAUGCCUUGCUCAUUCAUGGCAAAGCGUAACUACGCCCAUUGUCCUCUCAAGAAGCGUCCGUUGUCUGCUCUAUACGAACAAGAAGAACCUCAAGAUCUCAGUAUGAAGAAACCAAAAAUUGAAGUGGAGCAAAUGUUAGUGCCUAAAGUGGAACCCGCUACUCCAGUGCCAAGAUUCAAUUGCUCAUCCGCUGCCUUGACUCCCCCACCAACAAGCCCCCUUCCAGCAUCAGUAGCCACUUUACCUUCAUACCCAACAAGUGCAGUUCCUACAUAUGACAAUUUUGCGUCAAAAUCAUCGAUGGACAGCUUCUAUCAUCAGAGUCAAGUGCCAUCUUAUAACGUAACUGUGAAGCAUAGUGUGAGUCAUCAUUAUAACAUAGGGCCUUCAAACCGCCAUGUCUUACCCGUGUCUUCAUACGCCCUUUCCGCGCCCACGAGACAACGUACUUUCGUCCCGCCAGUCGUAAGUUCUUACCAUAACAACAGCUCGAGAACUGCUCCUUGUAAUUCUCCAGCGCCAGCACAAGUCUCACAUACUCCCAGCCAUCCCCCAUCUCGGGAAACACAUUUGCCUAACCUAGCUGAGUAUUAUCUUCAGUUGUUUAGAGCAACCAGUGAGGCUGAGACCAAACCCAAUACUUGGAUGUCCAAUAGCCACAUGCCACUGUCACCACAAGCGUCUCCUGUGUCGUCAACUGAGUCCCGCUGCCACCUAUCGCCAUCACUUCCCCAAUAUCCUGAGUCAUCUGCCCUCAUCUCUCCAGCAUCAUCCGUGUCCACCAUCUCUGAGUCAGAAGAAGAGCCUUUGUCCCCCAGCGGCAGCGUGAGUAGCCAGGGUUCCGGAGCAAGUGGGUCCAAGCCUCGCUACAGCUGCACGGAAUGUGGCAAAGCAUACGCUACAAGACCUGGUUUAGCUAAACAUAAAGAGCUUCACUGCACAGCUACCUUGGGGGUACGAGCAUAUUCCUGCCCGACGUGCAACAAAUCCUAUACUACUUGCGGAGCCCUAAAGAUGCACAUCCGGACACACACGCUGCCCUGCAAGUGCCACAUUUGUGGCAAGUCGUUCUCGCGGCCGUGGCUGCUGCAGGGCCACAUCCGCACCCACACCGGAGAGAAGCCGUUCCAGUGCAGCGAAUGUUGCCGCAGCUUUGCGGACCGCAGCAACUUGAGGGCGCACCAGCAGACGCACGCCACAGUCAAGAAAUACGCCUGCCAGAUUUGCACCAAGACUUUCUCGCGCAUGUCGCUCCUCAACAAGCACCGGGAAGGAACCUGCACUCCUGGAUGCCCAAACUUAGAUCUCGAGGAGGAAGAGGAGGAUGAAGAGGUCGAUGUCGUCGGAGAUGACGCCUGCUGGGCGUGAAUGGGAACCGAAAGCCUGAACUCUUCUAGUCACUCGCUAGCGGCACCUCCACGGAAUUUUGGUCACGCUUCAGCAUCGUCUCCAGUUCUACGGCCGUCGAUAACCGUGAGCGGUGGCCGGCCAUCAUCACCGUGUACGUGAUGGAGGAUCACCACCAUCAACUGCUAGCGGCACCUCAAGGUUCCUAUGAACGCGACUUACCCUAGUCCGUCUCUCUAAGUCCACAUAUGAUCUCUACGGGAUAAGCCAAAGAAUAAUUGCCUUCUUAUUAGACCUGUAUAUUUUACCUUUAUUGUAAACAAGAUUAAUUAUUUGUAUUAAAAUUAUAUUUACGUU